AUGGAAUUUCCAACAGAGUUUUCCGAAGAAACAAAAAAACUAGUUGCUUUAUGGGGUGAAAUUAUUCAAGAUAAACAUAAGGAUGAUGACGAAGAAAUUUUUUGCUGUGACCCUUUAUUAAUAAUUGAAUAUAAUCAACCGGGACUCAUAAGUCGAAAUAUCACAGAAGUUAAUGUUGCCAAUGGAACUAAAUACUAUGUUCCUAUCGCAUUUCCAAGUCAACACCUGCAACAAUCAAAUUCUGUAUUCGCAUUUAACUGUAUGCAAACAGUAGAAGACGCUAUCAGAGAUUUAUAUGAUAAUUUUCAUAACGCUGUGACAGGUCGACAAGAUCCUAUUGUUGGACGAGUAUAUAAGGUAGUAUUUCGCAGGGGCAAUACAUUUGAGGUUGCUGAACGACAUCAUGUUUUUGAUUGA